AUGCGCCGUCGGGUGAUUCUCGCAGCAGUGGGAGCCUUGGUCCGGCUUUCUUUGAGACACGGAUCAUGCUAUGCGAACCUUUUUUCCCUUUUUACGAACGUCUUGGAGGUCCAGCCUGCCUGGAGCACGUUUUGCAAGCAUGUCGGGCUGGUUCCUGUGGCGGCCGUGACAAAGUUCAACUUCGAGGUCUCCGCCGAGUACGACCUAUUCAACCAGGGGACUGCUGUGAAGUAUUUCGAGGAUCUCUUCUACGAGCCGACGGAGGGCCAGAAGAAGCCCUCCCUUAACGGCUCCCAGCUAGAGGAGGUGGAGACGCUGCGCCACCAGGCGUACGCCAACCCCGUGCUGGCGCUGGCCGGGGCUCAGGUCCUCUACAUGUUCGGAUGGUUCCGGAGCACCGGGGAGCUGAUCUGGGAGAACAUCCUCUCGUCGGCGGAGCUCUUCGAGCGCAGCAUCUACGUCAGCGACUGCAAGCCCGAGCACUCCUACGAAGUCUGGCACGACAACGCCUGCGACAUCCGGUGGACGCACGCGAUCUUGCUGUACCACUGGCUGGCCCAGACCGACACCACGGCGCAGCAGCCUGCCUACCAGCAAAAGGCGCAGCAGCUGCUUGAGGGCAUCAAGCGCGUGAAGAAGUACGAGGCUGUCUCUGGGGGCUGGACCUCCCCGGGGCAUGUGAACUUCAACUCCAUCAUCUUCGCCGGCAAGCCCUCACGGCCGAUCUGGGACACCAGGGAGCUUCCGAUAGGCAAGUGGCUGGAAGAGCACCACCCCAUCUUCAAGGCUGAGCUUCAAGCGAUCCUGAACGAGCCAGGGGAUGUGUAUGGGCAGCUCAUGAAGAUCGACCCCUCCCGCGAGCACCUGGCCACCCCGGGCGGCUGGGACACGCUGCGCAUCGUCCGGUACCACAACUGGUUCGAGGUCUUCUGCCAGGUCGCCCCCAUGACCUGCGAGCUCAUCCGCACGCGGCCGGAGAUCAACGAGUGCAAGUUCAUGAACGUGAACUACGUUCGCCUCAACCCGGGCACACACCUCAAGCCCCACUACGGGAACGGCCCGCGGCUCUCAGCGCACCUUUCAGUGAUCGCGCCCGAGCCAAUGAAGGCAGGCCUCACCGUUGCCGACCAGAAGCGUCUCUGGGUGGAGGGAGAAGCCAUCCUCUUCGAUGACACCUACCCUCACAUGGUGAGCCACUGGGGCAACCAGCCCCGCUACGUGAUCUUGGUCUGGUUCUGCCAUCCCUGCGACACGAGGAACGCACACAACCAGACCUGCCCGACGGCGUGA